UCCUCUUUGGAUAGGUUUCUUAUGGUGUGGAAGCUGAAGACGCAAUGCAGAGCUUACAAAUUUGUAGGCCACGUGGAAGCAGUGACCAGCGUACAGUUCUCACCAGAUGGGCAGCUACUUGCUUCAGGUUCUCAAGAUCGUACUGUCAGGCUAUGGAUUCCUUGCAUUCAUGGAGAAUCGUCAGUAUUAAAAGGUCAUACAGCAUCUGUUCGUAGCGUGAGCUUCUCGCAUGAUGGCUACUUUCUAGUUUCAGCAUCCAAUGAUAAAUCAAUAAAAAUAUGGAGUGUUCGCCAUCAGCGCCUUUUGUUUUCCCUAUUUCAACACACUCAUUGGGUUCGCUGUGCCAAAUUUUCACCUGAUGGAAGACUAAUAGCAUCUUGCAGUGAGGAUAAAUCUGUUAAGAUCUGGGAUAUGAGAAAUAAAACUUGUAUUGAUAGCUUCUUAGAUUAUGGAGGAUUUGCAAAUUUUGUGGAUUUCAACCCAAGUGGUACGUGUAUAGCUUCUGCAGGUUCCAAUCAUACAGUGAAACUGUGGGAUAUUCGAAUGAACAAGCUACUGCAGCAUUACAAAGUUCACAGAGCAGGGGUUAAUUGUGUAUCAUUCCAUCCUUCUGGUAACUAUCUCAUCACUGCUUCUACUGAUGGUACCCUUAAGAUUUUGGACCUCUUAGAAGGAAGACUUAUUUACACUCUUCAUGGACACAAGGGACCUGUACUUUCUGUGGCUUUUUCAAAAGGUGGUGAAAAAUUUGCCUCAGGUGGAACUGAUGCUCAGGUAUUACUGUGGAAAACCAACUUUGAUUCAUUUGAUUAUAAAGAAGUUCUUAAACACCAUAUUAGAAGAACACGUAUUGAUGAUCCUCCUCAUCUUCUUGAUAUUUACCCGAGGUCACCUCAUCUCCAUGAUGAAAAACUUCAGUCAGUUGAGGUCAACCCUACCUUUGAUGUGACUAAUACACAAACGCUUGACCCACCUGUCAUAGAGAUUAGUUCCUCUUCAUCUUUCAGUACUCCAGAUGAUGUCAGCAGUGAAGAUCUGCAGUAUCCCCCUGCUUCAGUCUUGGCAACAAGUUCAAAAAGGAAGUCAGAGAAUGAGAGCGAAUCAGCUGUGCAUAAUGUGGAUAAGCAAACAGGCAUCUCCCCCUCCCUGGGUAACGCUUUGGAGCACAUUGUGGACCAGCUGGAUGUUUUAACACUAACUAUUUCAAUCCUGGAACAACGUCUGACUUUGACUGAAGAUAAAUUGAAAGAAUGCUUAGAAAAUCAGCAAAAAAUGUUACUUCAGGGAAGACAGGAAGAAUAA